GCUCGUGCAACGCUAUUAUAUCAAUGGUACUUCAUAUAUUCAUAUAAUUUUGUAUAUAGAAUGAUCGUAAAAUUACGAUCAUUGUUCAUUGUCAGCUUAGUGGCUGCAUUCAUCGGAGAGCAUAUUAUUAACACCGAAGCAUUCCUCGGCAUCAACUUUGGCAAGGGAGGAGAUUCGGUGUCGCUAUUCUUCCAUUCAAUUCCUUAUUUUUUCAGGAAGAUUGGAUGCUCACCGUGGGUGAGAUGCGCUACUAAUGAUGACAUCCGUGAAAACAAGUACGUCUUCGUAGACCUGUUCAGCCGAAGCCAUCACCAUGCAAUCAAACUGGUACAUGAAGAAGAUGAUACCGUCAACAGAAGAAGUAGCAUCAUCACAUAUACGAUAAAUCAUGAUGACCUGCCAGGGCACUUCCAAGGUGUCACAUUCGGUGAUGUGUACUACUACCACCAGAUGCUACAGGAAGAAGGUGACUACGACGUCAGACACCUAAUGACAUACCGUGAUGAACUAAAUCGUUUCUGUGUUUACAUCGAGUCUUUUGAUGAAACUGGAAACCGCCACUCCAUGAGACUGUACCGUGAAAAGAGAAGAGCAUGGUGGCUAAAGGAAGUUGCAUCCGAAGGUAAUGUUAUGACUGAAACAUGGAAUGAAUUCCUGUCGUACUUCGGUUACGCAACGGAUAAACCGCAGAUACAGCAUAAGCUGAAUAUCAAGGAGUCCAAUUGCCCUCAGGGUAUGGUCAACCACAAGUCCUCGACAUAUGAUCUUAUAUACAACACUAAUCCAGGUGGUGGACUCAAGUUUAUUGGAGAAGUGGUAUUCCGUAGCAUGCCGUUAGCCAUAGCUGAUACCGUUACUGAUUUGUAUGUAUGGAGGUACUUCAAAGGUGAACGUGACAACAUCACAUAUGUAGUUGUAGCCGAGAUUUACUACUGGUAUUCGCACCUUACCUACUUCAGAUGUACAUCACCAAAGGAUGCACAGUAUGAAGAAGUAGAUUCAUUCGCCGCUGAAGAAGCUACCGAAGCGUUACCUGUGAUGACCUAUGCAAUGCCAGAGUAUAAUAUCCAUCCGGUUACACUACAGUAUGAUUUUGGUGAAGAUACAUCACACCCAUAUAUACAAGAUAUGACGUAUGUAGCAUACCCGCAGUCGAAGCACUUUGUACUGCGUCCUACGGGAACGGGAAACUUCAAGUUAAUCAAGAAAGUAGAGGUACAUGGUAAACACAAUGAUCUGAACUUGACGGUCGAAAAUGGAAAUAACCACACCUACGUCGCCUUCACUCACCUGGAUGCAGAAUCUACACAAGAGAUCAGUUUAGCGUCAGUGUCGAUCACCACCGCAGCCAUAGCUACAGGGCAUAUUGCCAUGUCAGCGUCAGUCAACCCCAAGAGCUUGAUUGGCGACAGACAUACAAUGUCCAUCCUGAUGAACCAAAUACCCACGCAGUACCUCAGGUUGGAACCUAACAAGGCAGCAUUGAUCAAACCGGCAAUUGACUUUGACCUAUUCUCACACAACGAAGCAGAGGUGCAGGCAGCAAAGUUCCGCACAGGUGUCACGUUCUACACGCCUAACAUGUUAGGCGCCACGGAGUUCAAAAAGAUUCGUGAAAACGGAAAAGAUAUAGUUGAACUUGGAAGAUCUUUCAAUACCCAGGUCUUCUUCAUAGAAAAUGGCAAAAAGAACAUGGUGGCAGUUUUCGAAGGUGGCGCUGAGUCAUCAAAGCUCUAUGAUGUUAGUGACCACAGCGAAGUCACCAAUGUCAAUGCCAAGUUCAAGUGCUUUAAGGACCAUGGGCUGCUGGAUCUAGACAACUUGGCCAAACAAAAGGCAAACACCGAGGUAAACGCAGUAAUACUAAACCUAAAUGACCCCGUACUGAACAACCAUAUCGAAAUUAUGACAAUCUCAACCAAUGUAGUUAUAUACCUGCCAGUGUCACCCAGAAUACGCAUAGGAGCCAUUCUGUGGAAUAAACAUCAAAUGGAUAUCGACGAGGAAGCUAACGCAAUCAUUACCGUAAUCAACAAUGGAGUUAAGAACUAUUUGCUCGUGGAUUCAUAUUACCAAAAGAGUAGCCUGAUCAAGAGACAGCUGUACCACAUGGAAAUACUACCAGAUAGCAACAGACUGCGUCUAGUCAGCCAGGCUAAUUGUAACUGUGAAUCAGGUGGACUGGAUGCAGUGCACCACCUGCUCUCACUGUCGUGGUACCAGCUAAUAGCACAGGCGCUACCACUGCACGCAGAUUUCCAAGAUGUUCGUGUGGGUAAAGCAGAAUACAGCUACCACAAACUCAUAAUGACCUACAUGCCACAUGGACACAACUUUACAUUGGGUAACCUAGAUGUAAAAGGUAAAAAGUUUGAAACUACCGAUGGACAUCGUUGGAGACAAGUGCACAGACAACAGGAAAAUGAAGAAAAUACACAGUACUAUGUCUACACAAUGACACCCAAGGGUAUUGAAGAAAUUGUUAUAGACAAAGAUGGAGCAGUCAAAACAAAGGAAACAACCAACUUCAGAAGAGUUAUUAUACCCAAGGUAUCAGGAUCAUUCACAACGCUAUUUGUGGAUGACAUGGAACAAGGUGAUGUCAAAAGCUCAGUGUCUAAAAUCGGUGAUGUCAAAGUUACCGUGGCAAAAUUAGAGGCCACAUCAUCAGGAUUCAAUCCAAUUGUAUUCGGAAAACAUGAAAUAGUAUUCUCACCCAACGAAAAGUGUUGCAAAGUUACAAUCUCGGAACAACCAAACGGGCUGCGCGAAAUUACCGCAGAUGUGGCAAAGCCACAGGGUGAAACUGCCGUUGUUACCUUCAGGGAAAAUGCACCAGGAAGUGGCCUGUUCACUGUGGAUAAAGAAAGUACAAAACUGCCAUUCUUUGUGGAUACCAAUGAACCCAUCAAUAAAAUAGGAAUGUAUUUCAGUAGAUUGGAUACGCUCGACUUCAACAAGGGUCAUUUCCCGCAUUACGUACGAUACCUGACACUCAACAAGUACAGCAUGUACUUCACCGGAAGCACAAUGCAUACAGGAUUAAAUAUCAGCUUCGGAGCGUUCAACAUCACGCUGCCACCAGCAGAUGAAGGAUUCCACAUUUGGGUACGAUACCAGUCACCAAAUGUAGAAAUCGCCACACUCUAUAUGCAAUACCAUACCGGUGACGGUACGGAGACAACGUUCUAUACUAUAGAAGAUGCCAAAAAGGCAAAAGCAAUCAGAAGACCAACAGAAGCAAACUGUAACUGGGGACCGCUAAGUAACCUGGAGUUCCACCUUGUAAACCAUACGCUGCUAAGACAUGCAUACAAUGUACACGAACUGGUGGGAUUGGAAGUCAAUAUCGACAGCGGAGAAUUCAACCCCAAUGUCAUCACAAUGAAAGUAGAUGCCCAAACCACAUUGUACACCACCCUUGCAUCGUCGGGGACAAUCAUCGGGGAUGUCGUGUACAAGCACACCGUCAUACGCGGAGGGCAAAAAGAAAUUGUCAAACACGUUUACGUCUCGCAGGCCAUCAAAGAAGAUAUACUACUCAUAGUCACACGAAAUAUCAAAGGAGUGGAUGUGCAGGCCUACAAGUUCGGAUCUAACAACUCAUUCGAUACCAUCGAAUUGUCAGCAGUGCCGGCACAGGAACACCUCGCACUGAGCCAGCUAAUUAGCCACCUACACUAAGGUGUAUUGUAGACAGAAAAUUAAGUCUUGUAUUAAUAUUGUUAUAAAAACUAAUUAUACAAAUCCUAGC